UCCAGUGCUCAGCCCGAAUUCAUUUAUAAACAGUAUGGCGUGCCGAUUGUCAGAAUCUCAGAAAUUGCAAUAUGAAAUUUGCAGAUAUUCGAGUUAUUCAACAUCGUAUCUUCCCGACAAUAUCCUUGAGAAUUGUCCCGAUAACCAGGCUUCUCGAUGGUCUUCCAACACCAACAAUCCACCGCAGUUUCUCACAUUGAAAUUAAAACGACCUGCAAUUGUACAUAAAAUCAUGUUUGGCAAGUUUGAAAAAUCGCACGUUUGCAAUUUGAAGAAAUUUAGGAUCUAUGGUGGUCUGGAAGAAAGUCGAAUGGUUUUACUACGAGAAGGGGGACUUCAAAAUGAUUCGAAUCCUGAAACUUUUGACUUACGGCAUGUUAAUGACAAUGGUGAAUUAUUACCGGUUAUGUACGUUCAGAUCAUGCCGCUUUUAUCGUGGGGCCCGAGCUUUAAUUUUAGCAUUUGGUAUGUGGAGCUACACGGACAAGAUGAUCCAGUUUAUGUUCAAGAAAGUUUGAAAGGUUACAACACGCUGCGAGAAAUCGAGGUGAUAAGAUUGUGUCUCAAACAUUUUCGCCAGCAAGGAUAUGACGCUGCCUUUGAAGCGCUUCAAGAACAAACUCAAGUCCGUUUAGAGCAUCCAGUGAUCACCGAUCUCUACGAGUGUCUUGUAACCAGCGGCGAUUUCAGGAAAACUGAAGAGUUUAUUUCUAAUUGUAUCCACGAUGGUCAUUCAGAUGAAUAUUUAUUUCAACACGAUUACAGUCAUACUUGGAAUACACAAAAUAUGAACGGCGAUGAAAAGCCAGGGACCAGAGGUGGUCAUCAGCUAGUAAUGGAUUCGGCGAAAGGAAUCAUUUACUUAUUUGGUGGUUGGAACGGACACAGGGAUAUGAACGAUUUAUGGUAUUUCGAUAUUCGAAAAGAAAUGUGGACGAGAUUGUUUGAAAAUUCCAGUCAGUUUGGAGGUCCUUCACCUCGUUCCUGCCACAAAAUGGUUCUGGAUCCAACAAGCGGUCAUAUUUUUACUUUAGGUCGAUAUUUAGACAGUUCGGUUAGAAAAACGGAAUAUUUGAAGAGUGAUUUCUAUCUAUAUGAUACAGUGACUAACACUUGGCUCCAGAUUUGUGAUGAUACGAGCCAAGUAGGUGGGCCUCAAUUGGUCUAUGAUCAUCAAAUGUGCAUUGAUGUUGAAAAGAGAAUGAUAUAUGUAUUUGGUGGAAAAAUCUUGACUCCUCGCUCGAUUAAUCAAACUUCAACCGAAACAGAAUACUCUGGAUUAUUUUCGUAUCAUAUUGCUACGAAUACAUGGACACAAAUUUUCGUUGAUUGCGGCCAUCCUUCAGCCUCAAAUCCUGAUGUGUUGUCAAUCAAAUCCCGUGUCACACAUUGCAUGGUUUUUCAUACUGAGAGACGUAAAUUAUACAUAUAUGGUGGACAACGCGGGAAAGAGGAUCUAAAUAAUUUUAUAUCGUACGACGUAGACACGCAAGAAGUAACGGAAUUAACAAGUGAUCCAUAUAAUCAAAACAAGACUGAGCCUCCAGUUGGGUUUACGCAACGUGCAACAAUUGAUAGUGAAAAGGAUGAGAUUUAUGUGUACUUUAGCCUAAGCAAACAGAAGGAUAGACGCGAUCCACAACCAUCACAUUCCUCCAAUUCGUUUUGGAUGUACUCGAUUAGAACGAAUAAGUGGUCUCGGAUAUACACUUGCAAACAUCCAACUGAACGAUGCUACUCGAAAACACAGGAAGAUAAUCACUCCGAACCGUGCCCCCGAUAUGCACACCAAUUGGUUUAUGAUGAUAUCAGAAAGGUUCAUUAUUUGUUCGGUGGCAAUCCAGGGAAAUCCAAUACACCAAAUGUUCGACUGGAUGACUUUUGGAGACUUGAGCUAACAAAGCCUAAUCGUAGUGAACUUCUCCGACAUUGUCAAUUUCUAAUAAGGAGAUUGCAUUACGAGGAGAUUUGCAAGGUAGAUCCUAUCAAAGCGUGCAAAUAUUUGCAGAAAGAGGUUUCCGAAGUUAUUGAUCAUCACGACAAAAAUCAAUUGGAAAACUUCCAUAAAUUAGCGUCUCUGCUCUUCCAAUGUGAUGACUAUGAACAGAGUGCCGCUCCCAUGAAAACACUUCCAAUACGUGGAGAGACUCACAACGACUAUGACAUUGGAGGCAGUGGUGACACAUAUAUCAGUGGAAAAACAUCAAUCAAGGAUAACCUGCCAAUGUUCGUUACAAAUGCUGCCCCUAAAACAAUGUCUGAUAAAAUGAUACAAUCAAAUAAUUUGUCAUAUUCACUUUAUCAAAAAUGUGGCGGAAAGAAAAGUCGUGGCGAUUACUUCUUUGGAAUUAAGAGCAAACGGACGCAUCUAUUCAACACUUUGGUUCAGUUUAUGCCUCAGAGCAUGGUGCAGCCGCGUGAAAAUCUUAGUGAUUUUGUACUAUUUUAACUUGGGAAAAGCAGUGAAGGCAGCCUACAGUACUCCCGGAGAAUAUCUAGUCAAAGGCAAGGAUAUACAAAAAGAACGUCGUAUAAAUUUUUAUAAGGGACGAAGUAUAGCUGCAGAGAUCAGGAGGAAUUGAAAUGAAUCAAUUUGUGAUGAUUGCAUUGUUUUAAUUUUCUAAAAGCCGAAAAGAAAGAAAAAGUUUGCGAAAUAUAAUCAUCUUUAUGCGUAGGAUAAUAUCGAAUUUUCUAUGAAGAACUACGACUGUACAAGAUUUCUGAAUUGUACAAGAAGAAUAUUAUAUAAGGUAUGUGACUAUUAUUUUUUCAACAUGCUAUUUUGAAUGACGAUCAUCUUUUAUGUAUAAUAGAAAUGGUUUGUUUUAAGGACCAUUUAUUUUUUGUUAUCCAUAUAGUUUUUAAUUAAAUAUCUUGUAAGUGCUAAAUUAAUAUUUAAAAAUACAUAUAUGCCUUUUUGUUAAUA